AUGCAUCAACGACAAUGGCUCAAACUUCUUAAGGACUACGACGUCCGAAUUCAAUAUCAUCCAGGCAAAGCCAAUGUAGUAGCCGAUGCCCUUAGCCAUAAAAGCAUUGGUAAUGUAUCGUCUUUAACCGUUCAGUCCCAUAUUGCUUCAGAUCUAGGACGUAUGGGUAUCUCUUUGUGUUAUCGUGGGGGAAAUGAACUUUUGGCUAAUCUCACGAUUGAACCAACUCUUGUAUCUCGAAUCAAAGAGGCUCAACAAGAGGAUGAAGAACUUUGGGCUAUCUUACAAAAGGCUAAAGAUGAUUCGCAGUCCGACUUUCAAGUUGAUGAUAAAGUUAUUAUAUGGUUUUCUAAUCGACUUUGUGUACCCGAAAAUCCUAAACUCAAAGAAGCAGCUAUGAGUGAAGCUCAUAAUUCGUUGUUCUCAAUUCAUCCCGGAUCCACUAAGAUGUACUGA